AGAAUGCAGUUAGUUGAAGUAGUUGUUAGUUGACUGUUGACUCGGUUAUUUGGUUUGGUCCGAUUAGUUGUAAUAUGCUCGCUUACGUUAGUUAUUCGUACACGGUGUUAUUGUUUUUCAAAAAUCCGAAUUAUUUAAAUUCGUCUUAGUUCGUUUACAAAGUGUAAUAGGUGUACUCGAAAAUCAGGAUUUGUUUUUGCAGUUCAUGAAUCAACAUCAAUCAACAUGAAACCGUACGACGAUCUUUAUCACUACGUACCGCAUCCGGAGAUCGAGCAGUCAUCGAAAACCGUGUAAAAUUUCACAGUAUGAAAUGUAUAUACCAAAAAAUGAGUGAUGAUUAUGGCACAACAUGAGUUUCUACCACUAUGUGAUGUUCUCUUCAACAUUAUAUCCCUGGCCGCGUACUUCUGCGACAUCGUUUUCGACGUGGUUAUGGGAUACGCUUUAUUCGUCCACAAUCAAUACGACUGGUUCUUAGUUACUAUGUUUUUCGUCACAUUUUCAUCUAUAAUGCAACAGAUCAUAUCCGCCAAAUGGUACCUACGCGAUGCCAGGAGUAAAUCGGUGCAAGACGAUAAUAAAGAUAUAGAUACUGAAUUACUAUCUGUGAUAAAACAACCCAACGUUGUAUUCGUUUUAAUACUUCAUGCCGCUCAAUUAGGUGUAUUCUGGAGAUACUUCAAGUUAUUUAUUCCUGUAGAUUUAAGAUAUGUUAAAUACGAAGUUCGAGAUCUGUGCAUGCUACGUUUGGUGCAUGCGUUCUGCGAAUCUAUGCCUUUGUUGCUGAUACAACUGUACCUGUAUUGGGAAAACCAUUCGAGCGAAUUCGUCGAUUUGAAUACCGUAUCUGUGCUGCUGUCUUUAUUCAGCGUUUGCUGGGCAUUAGCAUCUUUUAGUAAGAAUGUUCGAAAGCAUAACGUUCAUAGAUUGGUAUUAACGUGGCUUGGAGUCAUAUUUCAAUUUUUCUGGAGACUGGGCACAGUCGGAGCUCGAGCCAUAUCAUUGGUAGCGUACGCUACGUUAUUCAAAUACUGGAUUUUCCUAGUCAUUUUACUGCACUGGUUAUCAAUGCUGUUAUGGAUCCUGUCGCCCAAGAAUUUAUUCCACGGUGAACGUUUGUCGUGUUCCAGGAAAGCAUUAUUCUGCGCGGUUAUCGCGUUUGUUUACACGUUCGCCUAUAUUAAUCUAAUGGAGGUCAAUCAUCGUGAAAAAAUGCUCAUGUUCUACGUUGUAAUGGGGCUUGAAAAUGCCAUGCUGAUGUUUGUCUGGAUUGUUGGAGUUUCAUCCGGUAAACCUCCCUGGUAUAGGACAGUUAUACCACUGACGGUGUUCCUCAUGUUUUGCGGCGGAUUAGGGUUCAUGUGGUUGUACUAUAGGUACUUUCACGUUAGACGAUUGAAAUACGAAGCUGGCGGUCGUCUUAAUAACAAUAACAACGCUACCGCUGAUAACAACGUCGUUAAUCCGCCCAAUUCCAAUUCGUAUGUGGUUAAUUUCAAAACCAAAGACGAUUCGGGUGCUGAUAAAGAAAUAAUCCGACGUCACAGCUUCAGCGGUGGAUACGCUAAUUUGAACGAUUUAGCAGCCUAUGCUCGUAUGAGGAACGAAAGCAACGUAUCAGAAGACGAAAUCCGAGCACAGAAGGCUCAUCUAACUGCCAACCAUUUAGGAGCCAUACCAGGAGUAUUCAACUGUCGGUUUUCCAACCCUUACGUAGCUGCUAUGCAAAAACGUAAACGUAAAAAACCCACUUCUUUCGUUCCUCCGCCCUCAAUUAGUCAAAAUACCGCCACUCAUAGCGACAGCAGUGUCGAAGUACGAGUCAAUGGUUCAGCUUUACUCAACGGCGGAUACAACUCGAUACCAUUCUGGUGUCGUCCUUUACCUGGACAAUACACUCAACAAGAGUUUUGUAGCGAAAACGAUUGCAGCAGUGUAGGUUCCAGGCCAGAUAUCCAUCAAAAGUUAUUAGAAAAGAAACAAAAACAAUUAGCCGAAUUGAAAAAAAUCCAAGAAGAAAUAAAACUAGGUAAAUUAUCCGGCGAACCUGAAUACAUGAUUGGUAUUCAUCCGCCGCACCGUCCUCCGCCACCUCAGGAUAAAAAAAAUCCUCAUUACGAUACGCCGGAAAUAUUACUAGCUCCGAGGUACCUGAACGCCACUGCCAGCAGCACCGAAGAGAAUCAUUAUUACGAUUGGUCUGUGCCCACGGAUAAUGCUCCUGUAUACAGAUUAUUAGACGAAGAUUCGUUAGCAUUGAUGUAUAAAACAUACAGAGCAGCUUCUGAUCUAGAUUCUCAGCUAUCUCUGCCCAGAUCGUACACAUUACCCAGGGAAUUCAAAUACUACCGUAAGACGAAACCGAGAAAACCCAUCAGAACCGAGCAUUUUAUUCCGUCGACCAAUUCUAGCGAUGGUGAUGUUGAUUCUGGUGACGAUAGCGAUUCUACAAGCUCGCAUACAACGUCACAACCACAGCCAUUGAAAUUACCAUCAAAUAGUAUGAUUCGAGUUAAACACGAAACGAAAUUGUGAUCUCAAAAAGGAAUUUUUAAAUCAUCAUUCCAAUUAUUACGUAUUUUUGUUAUUGUUGUUUUAGUGUACCUUGAAUGAAAAAAAGUAAAAUAUUAUGUGAAUAAAAAUGAUUUUUUUUUUAGUAAACACUUAUGUGAUUUUUAUGUGCCUUAAAUAUUAGCCAAUUUAACUUGGGUCACUUUUUUUUUGUAAAAAUAUUCGUGCCAUGUAUAUUGUAUUUUUUUUAUUUAUUCGUCAAAUUUUAAAAAAUUUGUUAACUUCUCAUUUUUAAAUAUUUUUAGCUGUUUUGCAAAUUUUAUUGAUCUUCCGUUAGGUAGUAAUAAUUCUGUUGUUCGUAAACACGUAUUGUACAUUUUUUUUUAUUUAUUCGUGUUAUUAAUUUAUUAUUAAUCGAUCGAAUAUGAUUUUUUAAUAUCGAUCGAUUAACCGCUCGGUAUUUAUAUUUUUAAAGCGCAAGACGCUCGAAUAUUUUUGUAUUUUUUAUUAUUUUUUAAAAAUCAGGUAGCCCUUUGCGUCAUCUAGUCUACUGGUUUGAAAUUCUCACAGAAACUUUGAACCACAUCACGAUAUAAUACGGAUACCUAGUUGACUAAAAUUUUUACUUCUCUAUGUGUAGAUAAUUUUGUUAUUAGUAUUAAGAUUUGUAAUUAAGUUCCUGUUAAUUGGAAAGUCUGAAUAGUCGUCUUUCAAUUGUUAAUAAAUAUAUGGACGAAUUAGAUUGAAAGAAUUAAGUAGAUAUUUUUUUUACAAUCAAUUUUCUCUUGAUCCGUAUUAGCGAAGUAUUAUUCGAAUAAUAUUUUACAACGUGUAAUAUUUAGUGUAUUUAUUGUGUAUGAUUUAAUAAAUGUUGAAUCUUUUAUAUAA